AUGGCCUACGAUCAGAACUCAAUACCCAAAGAUUUGCGUCCGUUAAAUCUUAUGAGAACUCUGCCUGAGGAUCCUAGGAUUUCUCCGGCUACUUCUUCUGGAAGGCCAGUUGAAGGAUACUAUGCUAGCCCACCGGCUGAUGGUAGCCCGGGAGCAGUGCCUCUAGUUUAUUAUCCUGCCACAAUUCCAGAAGUUGGGUUUAUACCUAAAGCAUUUAACAAUGCUGGAGUUGCCGGAUGGAUUCAACAAAUUAUGCCGCCUCCUCAAGUCCAACAAGGUGUUGUGAGUGGUACUGUGGUUAAUUCGUCGUGUGUAUAUUCAACCAGUCCUAAUUGUGGGACACAAAACGGGUGUAGUCCUUUAGAUCAUGCUUGUGAUGAGGGUGGUGAUCAUGAUUCUUUGACAGGCCGGAAGGUCAAAUUCUUAUGUAGUUUCGGUGGGAAAAUACUGCCACGCUUGACUGACGGGGCAUUGAGAUAUGUAGGAGGGCAGACGAGGAUAAUUAGUGUUACAAGGGAUAUUCUAUUUGGUGAUUUUGUUCAGAAAAUGGAAGAUACAUAUGCACAUAAUAUGGUGAUUAAGUAUCAGCUGCCGGAUGAGGAUCUUGAUGCACUUGUCACCGUUUCUUGUCCUGAUGAUCUUGAGAACAUGAUGGAUGAAUAUGAAAAGUUGGUCGAGGCGUGUUCUGAUGGGUCUGCUAAGUUGAGAAUAUUUCUGUUUUUGCCUGCAGAUCUUGAUCCGAUAGGGCAUUUGCAAGACGGUGGGCAGAGGUAUAUAGAAGCUGUGAAUGGGAUAGGGGAUGUGUUUAAUGGUAGAGAUUGUAUUGAUAGAAAGGAGAGUAUUGAAAGUACUAUUUCUGUUGAGAACUCUGAGUUGAGUGGGGGUGAUAACCUAAGCCAUGGUACAGGGGAGGCUGCUGCCGGAAACCUUGUUCCUUUCACUACAGCACCAGCAUUGGUUUAUGGAGAUCCUAAUCCGGUGCCUUAUGCCGACUCUUAUGCUGCUACUUCAUUAAGCAUUCCAAUGGCUAAAACAAGUGUGGGUUGUGUUAUGAAUGAGCAAGAUGUAGAGAGACCUUCUGUGCCUCUCGCAUCAACACCUGUUAUGAGUUAUCCGGCUUCUUCAUCGUAUUAUGCAGAUUCUCAUCAAGAAACAUCCAGUUAUGCCCAAUUUCAUCAUCCCCACAUGGGAUUCCCAAGUCAAAUUGUAGGGACUAUUAUGGCUUCCCCUCAACACUUCACUUCUGCCGUCCGCAUGAAAAUGAACCACCCCUCGUACAUCGGUAUAAGGCCCAAUAUAGUUCCUGCUGUUGGUCAACCUCAGCAAGUUCAAAUGGAGAAUUAUCCUUUUGAUAACAUCAUGUCACAUAGGCUUGUUCAAGGAUACAAUGUCAGUCAAGGGGGAGUCUAUAAUUGGCAACAAAUUCCACAUCCCGAGCAGAUAGGUUUAUUAGAAGGGGGCUCGACUCCUCAACCAGAACGGAUCAUAAGAAUAGAGGACUGCCAGAUGUGUCAAAAAGGAUUGCCUCAUGCUCAUUCAGAUACAGUAGUUCAGGAGCAAAAAGGAAGUCCUUCUAGCACUAUGUCUGAUAUCAGCUCUAUGUCUUGCAAUAUCCCAUUAGAUGCUCGAACCGUUCCACACAAGCCAGAAAAUCAAGACCCUUCUAAGGUGACAAUUCCUCACGGUGUCGUAAGCGGAGUGCAAGUUCCAUAUAGUGUUUUUAUAGCUAAUACUCAUCUAUCUUCCCACCAGAAUGUACUUGUCCAGGCUAAACAUGAAAGGUCCUUAAACAAUGAUUUUGUUCCUAUCGGUAUGCAUUUGCAAGGUCGCCAAUCCCCAACGGAGUACUCUCAAAAGAUAUGUACAGAUGAUUCUACUUCAUCGCCAUACGACUAUAAAACUAUAGCGGAAAUCAGAAAUGAAGACUCACAAGAUAACAAGCCACACCAGAUUCCUAUAGGGGAGGUUGUUGGCAAGCACACUUACUCAUCCACAGAAUCCUAUGAAGUGAUGUCGACUCCUCCUUAUUCACUAGUCGGGACCAGUCCUUUAUCCUCGGAUGAAAUGGUUGGAGCUCGUGCAACAGAAAAAGAACAUCCUGUUAAUGAACGGAACGAUAACGUUUUAUGUUCACAGCCAAGAAUAGGUAGUGACAAAGGUGUUGCUCAUGAGGCAUUUGUAUCGGCAUCCCUUGGAAUUGGAGAUAUUCUAGAGACAUCCGCGCCACAAUUUAUCCACCAGGAUCCGUGGAAUAUGCGCCCUGAUACCCAUUACCCUCCUCCUAAACCAAGCAAGAUUCAAACAAAGAGGGAUCAUAAUGCAGGACAUCGAGAUCCUUUUGUGGACAACAAUCUGUUCAACGGUGGAGAAACACCAACAACUAAUUCUAGGGAGUUAGUGUCAGAAACUACACCUGAUGAUGGAGUUCACCACCUUUCCAACAAUCUUAACUGGGAUCUGAGUCCAGAUCAUAGUUCGUCCAACAAAGGUUCAAGUGAGGAACAAAUAAAGAGAGAAAUUGAAGUUGUUGCUGAUGGCGUGGCAACCCCGAUGUUUCAUUUGUCUAUGCAUUCAAAUCCAGACUCAUUAGCGAAUCCGAGGAAUGAUUCUGCAUCUAUAUCCCACGAGAAUUGCGAUGGCCAACCUGCUAAUGUAGAUCCAAAGCAACCAGAUGAAAUCAAGACCAAAUUAUCAGAGAAUACAAGUUUUGGGUUCCCUGCAUCAGGCGUUGGCCGAUUACAGAUUAUUAUGAACAGUGACCUGGAAGAACUACGAGAACUAGGUUCUGGCACGUUUGGUACUGUUUAUCAUGGAAAGUGGAGAGGCACUGAUGUUGCAAUUAAACGUAUCAAUGAUAGAUGUUUCUCCGGAAAGCCUUUAGAUCAAGAACGCAUGAGGGAUGAUUUUUGGAAUGAGGCCAUCAAGCUAGCUGACUUACACCAUCCUAAUGUUGUUGCCUUUUAUGGAGUUGUGCUUGAUGGCCCUGAAGGCUCAGUUGCAACUGUCACUGAAUACAUGGUCAAUGGUUCUUUGAGAAAUGCUUUGCAAAAGAAUGAUAGGAUUCUUGAUAAGCGCAAGCGUCUUCUAAUUGGCAUGGAUGUUGCAUUUGGAAUGGAAUACUUGCAUGCAAAAAAUAUAGUACAUUUUGAUUUGAAAAGCGAUAACUUAUUGGUUAAUCUCCGUGACCCACAUCGACCAAUAUGUAAGGUGGGUGAUUUGGGACUGUCAAAGGUGAAAUGUCAAACACUAAUAUCAGGAGGUGUAAGAGGAACCCUUCCAUGGAUGGCCCCGGAGCUUUUGAACGGAAGUAGUAGCCUCGUCUCCGAGAAGGUGGAUGUGUUUUCAUUUGGAAUUGUAUUGUGGGAACUUCUAACUGCGGAAGAACCAUAUGCAGAUCUGCACUAUGGGGCCAUCAUUGGCGGUAUUGUUAGCAACACGCUGCGGCCUAUUGUCCCGGAAACAUGUGAUCCUGAUUGGAGAGCUCUCAUGGAGAAAUGUUGGUCAUCUGAGCCAUCUGAAAGGCCAAAUUUCACCAAGAUUGCAGAAGACUUGAGGGCUAUGGCCCUUAAACUUCCAUCUAAAGGCCAACUCCAACAUUCUCACCCCAAAACCUGAUUUCUCUCUCUUUCAUUUACUAUAAUACUCCCAAUUCCACCUCAACAAAAACUAGCUAGGAAUAUAAUCCUAUGCUUCAUGCUUACAGUUACAGUGGUAUUUUUUGGAUGAGACUUACUAUAGAGUUAUAAUCCAUUUGCAAUGAAAUUAAGG